CUAGCGGGCGGGUGAGGCCAGCGAGACCGAUGCAAAGUGCGGAGGGUCCGGGCGACGGACAAGUGGCGGCCGGGCGGAGAGUCAGCACCGCGGGCACCCAGACCGACAGCGUGUCAGGUCAAACACCAAGGCUUUCCAAAGUCAACCUUUUUACUUUGUUCAGUCUCUGGAUGGAACUAUUUCCCCCAGUUGAACAGCAAAAGAAAUCGCAGAAAGAUAGGAAUGGGACUGGUGGUCCCCUAGGGGAUGGGGAGCUAGUAAAGAGGGUUCAGGCAGAGGAGCGGGUAAAGAAGACUGGCCUGGUCAUAGUGAAAAAUAUAAAAAUGGUUGGUCUACAUUGCUCCAGCGCAGACUUACAUGCUGGUCAAAUUGCUCUGAUUAAACAUGGAUCAAGGCUUAAAAACUGUGAUCUUUAUUUUUCCAGAAAACCAUGUUCAACUUGUUUAAAAAUGAUUGUAAAUGCUGGAGUGAACAGAAUUUCUUAUUGGCCUGCAGAUCCUGAAAUAAGUUUGCAGAAUGAAGCCUCCAACCCUACUAGUACUGAAGAUGCAAAGCUAGAUGCCAAAGCAGUAGAAAGAUUGAAGUCAAAUAGUCGAGCUCGUGUGUGUCUCUUGCUUCAGCCUUUAGUGUGUGAUAUGGUGCAGUUUGUAGAAGAAACCUCUUACAAGUGUGAUUUCAUUCAAAAAAUUGCAAAAAGUCUUUCUGGGAAUAACGCUGACUUUUAUACUGAGUGUAGACAAGAAAGAAUAAAGGAGUAUGAACGUUUAUUCCUAAUUUCAAAUGAAGAAAUGCACAAGCAAAUAUUGAUGACUAUGGGUCUGGAGAACCUCUGUGAAAAUCCGUAUUUUAGCAAUCUUAGGCAAAAUAUGAAAGAUCUUAUCCUGCUUUUGGCCACAGUAGCUGCCAGUGUCCCUACCUUUGGCCAUUUUGGAUUUUAUUGUAAUGGAUCACAGCAGACAAAUGACAUGCACCAUCAAAGCUUGCCCCAAGAAAUUGCAAGGCACUGUAUGAUACAAGCCAGGUUACUGGCGUACCGAACUGAGGAUCACAAAACGGGUGUUGGAGCUGUUAUUUGGGCAGAAGGAAAAUCUAGCUGUGAUGGAACAGGAGCCAUGUAUUUUGUAGGCUGUGGUUAUAAUGCCUUUCCUGUUGGAUCUGAAUAUGCUGAUUUUCCACACAUGGAUGAUAAACAAAAAGACAGAGAAAUCAGAAAGUUCAGAUACAUCAUACAUGCUGAACAGAACGCCUUGACAUUCAGGUGUCAAGAAAUAAAACCAGAAGAGAGAAGCAUGAUUUUUGUGACAAAAUGUCCUUGUGAUGAAUGUGUGCCUUUAAUCAAAGGUGCUGGCAUCAAGCAAAUCUAUGUAGGAGAUGUAGAUGUUGGAAAGAAGAAAGCAGACAUAUCAUACAUGAAGUUUCGUGAACUUGACGGCGUUAGCAAAUUUACGUGGCAACUAAGCCCAUCCCACACUGGUGUUCAUGAGCCCACAGCCAGAGAAAAUGGCGUACAGAAAACAAAAUCACUAGAUGAACAGCAGCACCAGAGCAAGAAGCUCUGCCUUGGAAACUAUUGA